CUGUGUAUCCAAAGCUAUCGUAAACGGAGGGAAACCACGAGCCCAACCCAGAGCACCCACGGGUUUGUGAAGAAACCGAAAGCAUGCCACCUGAGUCCUGACCUGGGGUGUUCUCAUUCUCAAGUAGCGACUCUCACUCAGCAGUCAGGUAGAGGAGUCGGAGGAGCGUUGGGACUGGUAGAGGAGUCGGAGUAGGAGGACAAGAUGGUGGUGCUAGUGGUGGCGACGGCGUCGGACCCGGCGUCCAUCGGCCCCGCCGCAGCCUUCCUCGCCAUGCCCGGCUGGUCCCCCGGCCCGCCCUUCGCCGAGGGGAUGGAGAGCUUUACAAAUGGCGAUGUUCGGUUAUUAAAGCAUGAGCGCGGCAUUGUUGAUGAGGAUCAUCUUGACCACAGGUGGCAGGAAGCCACUGGAGAGGUUGUUUCGGAGGUCAUAUUCUUCAGCAAACACACUGCAGUCUCCAACCGCCCGGCCCUCACUGUCCAUCCAAUUGGUGUGCCACAUCUGAGGGAGGAUGAGACCCCACCUCAAGGAGGGGCUCCUGGAUGGGCAGCAAUUCCAAACCCUCGAAUUGGCCCAUGGCUCCGGUUGAUGCAAAAGGUCGCUGCAGGCCAAGGUCUUGUUCCAGAGUUUGAGAUUACACUUGAGGCUACUCACCAUGGGCCAGUUACCAACACACCCACCAUGUUUCUUGAGAUAGGCAGCACGGAAGAAUACUGGGGUAGACAAGAUGCUGCGCAGGCAAUUGCUCUAGUUAUGUGGAAAGGUCUUGGUCUUGAGGAUGGAAAUGCUAUUGGAAAUUGGCAGAGGAAUGGUGAAAAAGUUCUACUAGGUAUAGGUGGUGGCCACUACGCUCCUCGUCACAUGGAUAUUGUCAUCAAAGAUGGCGUGUGGGUGGGUCAUUUGCUCUCUGGUUACUCCUUGCCAAUGGAAACACCAGCCCAAGUAAAUGGAAAGACUUGUGCGGUUGGUGGAAUGUGGAAGCACUCCAUUAAAGUUUCAUAUGAAGCCACGAAAGCAGCAUUUCCUGAGGGUGAAAUUAUAGCACAUCUUGAUCACAAGAGCUUCAAGGGCUGGCAGAAAAAUGCCAUUACGAGUUACUUGCAGGAGCAGAAUAUUAGGGUCGGAAAGCCUAAUGACUUCCUCUAAUAUGUUGCAGCAAUGCUCUUCACAAAAUAUUUGCAUCUAGUAUCUGGCAGACUAAUUUAGUAAAUAUGGAACAGUGUACUUUGGAGAAUUUUCUAUGAUAUGCAUGUCCUGAAUUUGUUCA